UCAAAAGAUGUUUGAACUCACUACUAAAGGUCUGGAACACUUGUGACCCAAAGGAUUAAUAUAAACCGAAAGGAGGACGUAGUACUGAAGUGGUUGUUCAGUAUACUGACUGUAAGGAGAAUAUACAGGAAGUCUAGGUACUUGUGACCAAGAGGAUGUGAUGUUGGCAGGAAGCAGUGGUACAUGUUACAGUAUACAUGGAACAAUUCAUCACCCUAAUCAAUAGCAUUCCAUUUCAACAAUAACAGACAACAUUGGAGGUUAUAUUGGAAUUUUAUCUCUGUACACAGUGGAUAUCACAGCAUGUAAAUAAAGCCGUCAUCAUCAGCAUUUUUCUUACUAUUGGGAGUACCAAUUACAGAGGCUUCUGAAAAAAAACUUCAAUGUAAUACCAAAUUAAUGAUGAAGCAAGUUAUCUCUGCGAUUGCAGAGCUCAUCAGCAACCCAUUGUGAGAAAUCAAUUGCUUUCUCUGCUAUCUGGACUAGUGUUUAGUAUCAACACUUAGAUGUGGGUAGGAGGUCGCAUGAACCAUAUGUGAUGGGCUUUAUUAUAGUGAGCAAAUAAAGGCUAGAGCGAUGCGAUCUCGAUCUCCUCUAUAGCUGAUGAGCGUGGUGACAUAGGAAUUGUGGACACAUGAUAGCAAGGCCCUCAGCAACAACUCAUCAUCCUCAUCUGAUCUAGUGUCACAAUUCAACAUAGAAGGCAUGAACUCCUCACCAUCUCCACGAGCACAUUACUGUAAUAGGAAAACCAUGUUGUCUCCUACGACUUAAGUCAUCAGCCACUCAAUAAUCUAUAUAUAACCCAGAGCUGACAUAAAACAUCAGAUAUAUACAACUCUUGCUUUCCCCAGAAUAUAACUAAAAUCAAAUCAUCCUAGGAAGGAAACAGAUCACUUCAGGGACACUAUACAGAUUACAUUGUAAUCAUCACUGUGGACUCUUCUAUAUUAGUGAAUAUAUUAAAGAUAGCAGUGAAACAAUAUCAUUGACCAGACUCCUGCCAUCAUGUUCCCUAUAGCAAAUGACAGCGUGUCCAUCCAUCUUAAUCAGAGUGAGACUAAGAUGGAACUCUACUCUAUCGUGUUGUCAACGACCAUGUUGUGUCUGGCGAUGGUGUUCGGCACUGGGGGUAAUAUCACAAUUCUCAUGUCCCUGUGUACCUAUCGCCUACUGAGAAAACACCACUACAUCCUCAUUGUCUUGUUCAUCAUCACCUGCCUCAUCCUUGAUGUAGUCUGGUGCCCCAUGGAAAUCUAUCAUCUGAUCCAACAUCACCAUGACAACGCUGCAGUAGAUGCAACCUUCACCUUUGCUGGACAAAGUCUUUACAUUUUCCUCAUCACUUCAAUUCUGUGCAUUCUUUCUAUUGUAAGUGUUCAAAGUUUGUGCAAGUUAACGUCCAACUGGAUCUCAAGGCACUUUGUUCUUGCCCUGUCUUUGACAGUAAGUCUGGUGCUGGUACUUAGCCUGGCAGUGGGCUAUGGGGUGUUGUCAGCCUAUAGGGAGGGUGACACAAAACUUACUGAGUACCAAAUACUCAAUGACCAUUCCUACAAAUACAGGAUCAUUGUUUACAGUUUCGCUUUGUGGAUUGCUCUAUCAUUUGCUAUGCUGAUAACUUUGGUAAUUUGCAGACAUAAAACAGCUAAAGACCUAAAUGUAGAUAUUGCAUCAGAGUACUCAGAACCACCCACACCUGAACGACUUAACAUUCCAACACUUCUCAUCAAAGGGGAAGAAGAAGAGGGUAGUGACAUUGAAAAGGAAGAGGACAAAAAGUCUAUUUCAAACUCUCAAAGAUUCCUCAGUAUGCAGGCGUCAGCAUCAACAAAAGAGGAUAACAUGUCCACUGUUGGUGACCUUCCAUCACCCUCAAAGUCAAAGAUCUCCAGUAACCACUUAGGGGUCAACAUGGCUGCCAUCUUAGGCAGGAGGCGUCACACCAUUGGCCAGAUUGGUCCAACAGGUCUCGAUGUUGGUGAAAAAACAAAGCAGUACAAUUACGUGAGAAAGUUUUCAGUUGAUAUAGAAGCACUUCAAGCACAGCUUGAAAAUCCAAAAGUGUAUGGAGGGGCAAUUUCUUUCCGUUCAGACACAGAGCUGCAAAAGUCUACUCAGAAUGAUAACAAAAUGGAAUUACCCAAGCGACCACAUACACCUCUGUUGGACAUUAGACUAAGUGGUCUUCAAAAAACACAAUUGGAGGAGAAAAAUGAGGAGAAUUCGGGAGAGGAAGAAGAAAAUCCUGAUAAAGGUGAUGAUAUGAGCACCAAGGAGGACUAUGAUAUGGAAAAUGCAAACCACAUAUGUGAAAAAUUACAAAAUUCCAGUCACGAGACCUUAAGUCCACCAAUCAUCACACUCUCAGAGACAACUGGGGAUGAGCUUAAUGAACCUAUAGUAAAUAAUAGGUUUAAAAAGGGAAUGGGACACUAUCGACUCACCUGUCUCCUCCUAGUUACCUUCAUGUGUUGUUUAUUGCCAAUGUUCAUCACAGAGGCUUUACGAGAACUCUUGUCACAGCGAGCCUAUGUGAAUAUCCUCACCUGUACAAUGUCACUGUCUGUGGUACAGACCAUCAUAUUUCCACACAUACUUUUCUGUAUGGACAAUUUCACACACAUAGCAGUACACACUUUCUUUGGUAAGGUGCAUGCACAUGUAAUGCACAUGUGCUAUGGACACCAUCAGGUACCAACAUCAGAGCAGGUGGACAUUACAGUCACACAGGUGUGAUAUGACAAAGUGAAAUUGGGACAGCUUAUGGUGAGAACAGUUGAAUACUGGACCAGUAUAACUGUAAAGUCAGGACAUCUGAGAUCUGGACAGGUUAUGGGCAGGACAGUUGAAAACUGAACAGAUACAAUUGCAAAGUUAGGUCAGUUGAAAACUAGAUAUGUACAAUUGUGUAGUGACUAGACAGGACCAGUAUGAGUAGGACAGCUGAAAUCUAGACUGCAAUUGGUCAGGGCAAGUUUAAAUUUUGGACAAGUAUGGUCAGGUAAAGUGAACUCUGGACAGGUAUGACAAGGAAAAAUCUGGGUUGGCUUUGUUAGGUCUGGACACAUUAGGGCAAGAUAGAUCAAAUCUGGACACCUUGGGUCAGGCAGGUGAAAUCUGGACAUUUUGGGUGAAAUCUGAUUACAGGGCAAUUUUUAUUAUGGCAGAUGUGAUCUUUUAGGUUUUAAUGGACAUUUGAUCUGAACAGGCUUCAUGGACUGGUGUCAUCAGGACAGCUUUCAUCUGAAAAUGUUGUUGUCUUGUUGAUCAGGACUUGUUUUACCUGGACAGGUGAGAUAAGAAUUUUUUUACCACAAAAACAGUUUGGUAGCUAGGAUCUGAGAACUGGAUUUACCUGAACAAGUGUAAUUUGGACUGAUUUUACUUUGACAUGUUGGAUCAGGACUAGUUUUACCUAAACAAACAGGUGUGACAGGACUAGUUUUACCUAAACAAACAGGUGUGACAGGACUAGUUUUACCUAAACAAACAGGUGUGACAGGACUAGUUUUACCUAAACAAACAGGUGUGACAGGACUGGUUUUACCUAAACAAACAGGUGUGACAGGACUAGUUUUACCUAAACAAACAGGUGUGACAGGACUAGUUUUACCUAAACAAACAGGUGUGACAGGACUAGUUUUACCUAAACAAACAGGUGUGACAGGACUAGUUUUACCUAAACAAACAGGUGUGACAGGACUGGUUUUACCUAAACAAACAGGUGUGACAGGACUGGUUUUACCUAAACAAACAAGUGUGACAGGACUGGCUUUACCUAAACAAACAGGUGUGACAGGACUAGUUUUACCUAAACAAACAGGUGUGACAGUACUGGCUUUACCUUAACAAACAGGUGUGACAGGACUAGUUUUACCUGAACAGGUAAGAUCAAGACUGACUUUACCUAAACAAACAGGUGUGACAGGACUGGCUUUACCUAAACAAACAGGUGUGACAGGACUGGUUUUACCUGAACAGGAGAAAUAUUGAGAAAUUUACUUGAGAGAAUGGAACAGUGGUGACAAGGGCAGGUGUGAUUUUGUCAUAAUCUGCUAAUGUAGAAUUGGAAAAGAGUUGAUAAUAAUUAGAUAUAAACAUCUGGUCACCUGCAUACAGUGGGCUGUAGACAUCCCUUAAUCAGGACACUUGGUCACCUGUAUACAGUGGGUUGUAGACAUCCCUUAAUCAGGACACCUGGUCACCUGUAUACAGUGGGUUGUAGACAUCCCUUAAUCAGGACACCUGGUCACCCGUAUACAGUGGGUUGUAGACAUCCCUUAAUCAGGACACCUGGUCACCUGUAUACAGUGGGCAGUAGACAUCCCUUAAUCAGGACACCUGGUCACCUGUAUACAGUGGGUUGUAGACAUCCCUUAAUCAGGACACCUGGUCACCUGUAUACAGUGGGCAGUAGACAUCCCUUAAUCAAGACACCUGUCACCUGUAUACAGUGGGUUGUAGACAUCCCUUAAUCAGGACACCUGGUCACCCGUAUACAGUGGGUUGUAGACAUCCCUUAAUCAGGACACCUGGUCACCUGUAUACAGUGGGUUGUAGACAUCCCUUAAUCAGGACACCUGGUCACCUGUAUACAGUGGGUUGUAGACAUCCCUUAAUCAGGACACCUGGUCACCUGUAUACAGUGGGCAGUAGACAUCCCUUAAUCAGGACACCUGGUCACCUGUAUACAGUGGGUUGUAGACAUCCCUUAAUCAGGACACCUGGUCACCUGUUUAAAGUGAGUAUUUCAGUUCUGUUGAUCAGGAUGCUCUGUAACUAGGGUAUGGAAGGUGUUUUGACAGUGACGUUGGUAAAUCUUUAAUAACCUUAACAAAACAAUUUUUUGGAAUUACGAAAGAAUUGUUUUCAUUGUUUGAAAUCUGUGUAUUCAUCAUAGACUUAAAAAUUUAUGAAAAUCAUUGUUUAUGUUGUAAUAUAAUGAUACUAUUGUUUAGAUCUGGAAAAACAUCAAUACAUUGUACAACUACACAUUAGUGUGCAGUGACAUCAUCACUACAUGAAGGUUUCAAACUAAAUAAAUCUGGCUGAUUUCAUUCCUCAUAUUUACUAUUUCUUCAAUGGAAGAAUUUUUUGUAAGAAUAAACAAAUAAUAAUGUUUUGUACAGUAAAUAUAUAUGUUUAAUGUUGUAAAUAUCAGGAUUGUAU